AUGCACAGGUCAUUUCCUGCGCACCCGCUGAACAAUCUGAGGCUGUUGACGACAACACCUCCCCCAACCUCUGCACGCAGUUUCAAUGUCCGCAGCGUGCCCUCCGGCUUGCAUCUUGCCCAGCCUUCCUGGCAGCACACGCACUCGGAGCCGGCGAACUCAGCCGGCUUCGAUAUGCGGGCGCUGCGGCCUGCAACACUGCCUUCGCCGCCUGUGCUGCAGCGGGCCACCGGCCAAGUCGCUGUUGUCAUCGCUCCGACGGAGCGCGCAGUCGCCCGAACCGGAGUGAGCGGUGCGGGCCAGCCAGCAGGGCGUCCGAAGGAUGCAGAAGCAGCCGCCGUCGUGGAGAGGAUUGUGGUGCAGACCCCGACCACAUGUGCGCAAGACGGUUCGCCGGGCUCGAAGGUGUCAGCAGCCCCCCGGUCGCCAAGCUCAUCGCCGCAGGCAUCAACCAGAGCCGUGGCUCCAGGGUCACCCACCUCACCCCAGCUGGGCAGGGCAAUUCUCGCACCACCCUCGCCCAGAGUUACUGAGUGUGAGCUGGAGCUACGCCUGUCCCAGGUGGCGGCUGCGCUCCUCCCGCCCGUUGCUCAAGUCGGCAUUGGCGAUCGGACUGGCGGUGCAGGGGCGACUGAAGAGUUGGCACCUGCACCAGAAGAAGUCCCUCCCUGGAAACCCUGCCAAUCCACUUCGUCCAUAGCAGAUGUGACCACGAGCAGUCAGGAAAUUGGAUGGACCCCGUCGUUUACGACCUUGGCACACCUGAGGCCCGAGGAUGCCGAUCUCGCUGCUCCAACGAGUCCAGAGGUCCCGACUGAAGACAGCCAAGAUUCGCCACAGGAGAAGCCCAGCCGUUUGUCCAUGGCCCCGACAGUUCAUGAUGCACACUGCAAAGACUCGGACGAGAGUGAGGUGAUCAGCUCGCCCUUGUCCACAGAGGAGCCAUGGUCUGCGCCGGUGGAUUCUGCACCGAGGCAGGAGAUCAACGAGCCUUCUCCACAGGCGCUUUGCGCAAAACGCGGGCGCUCGCAGGCCGAGGCCGACGAGGCGGCCGAGGCGGCCGAGGCGGCCGAGGCGGCCGAGGCCGAGGUCACCCGCCUCCAAGCUGAGCUUGAAGAGCUUCAAGGCACCCUCACCAGGGAACGAGCCCUGCGCGAUGAGGCGGAGACCGCCCAGAGCCGAACGUCAAAACGCCUGAGCAGCGCCGAGGGGCGCGCUGCGCAGCUAGCAACGCAGCUCCAGCGAUGCAAGGUUGAAAGAGACGAACUCCGGCGCCAACUGCACGAGAAGUCCGAGAUCCAUGUGGAGCUUACGCGGAAGCUUCGCAAAGUGCAGGAGGCCAAUCGCUCCCUGGAUAGUGAGCUCAACAAGACGGAGGCGCUGCGCCUCGCGGCGCAGAAUCGCGCAGCAGCCGCGCAAGAGGCCCGUGGCCAAGCGGAGGCACUGCUUGAUUCUCUGCGGGAUCUCCUUCGGAGCGUCGAUGAGGUUGACAGUGCCCAAGCUGCGGUCAGCCUUACAAAGGUCAAGGAGCAGUUGGAAGGCUUUGCCGCAGAGCCUCCUCAACUUUCAGCUCCCAAGACCAAAGAUCCCGAGGCUGAGGAGGAGCUUCCCACUGCCGGUGGCCUAUUGCGCGAGUGGGCCUCUGUCUAUGACAACGCAGAGGAAUCUCGACGAGAUCCGCCAGCAGGCCCAGUGCUGCUGCAGCAGAGGAGCCCCAGCUGGAACAAGGCCACAAAGUCGCGAGAGGUUCCUAGCUCCUCACCGCCCAGUGCGCGGGGCGUCGGCGAGCAGCUGGCGCAGCUCUCUCUGCGUGAUCUCUCAGAGAUCAAAGCCCUGAAGAAGCCUCCCCCGCCAAUCCGCAUGCUGAUGGAGGUGUGCUGCCUGCUUUUCCACAUACAGCCUGUGAAGCACUUGGACGAGCAGUGCGUUCACCAUCGUUUACGGACCGACUACUGGGAACCGGCUCGGCGGUACCUUCUGUCGGACCCGUUUCUCCUUUCCAAACUUCGAUCUCACGGCAAGGACAUUGCGCCUUCUCAGCGAGCUAAGAUCAAGAAGUACUUCAAGGAUCCGGAGUUCAGUGCGGAGCGGAUGCUGAAGUGUUCCCGGGCCGCAUUCGAGCUCUACUGCUGUGUUUCGCGCUUGAUGGAGCUGGAUGAGCCGACGAUCCCAUCUUUCUCUUGUCACAGCGAUGUGCGAAGCGUCGCAUGUACCACCACUACUGCAAGCAGCAAUGAGACCAUUGCCUCCGCAAAAUGA